UCUCUCUCUCUCUCUCUCAGCAUCCAGCAGCUGCGCCUCUGCCUUUCCUGACGCUGAGCGAAGACUCCCAUACAGAUGAGCGCUGGAAGCCACGCACCUCUUGACGUAGCCACAGACCGGUUGCGGUGCCACUCGGUCUCCGUAGCACGUAUUGCGCAACGUGACUGAUGCACAACUGACUCCACGGCGGGCACAUCCGGCUCCCACCGUCGAGUGAAUUCAUUAGAAAGUGGUCGCAUUACGCCGAGACAACAGCAGGCAUCGCCGAGGUGCUACAGAGAAACCAUCCGCCGCUCCUCACCGGACUGGACCCUCCCCUUGUCAUAGCCACCGGGAGAGAUGAGUCGAGCGCGCGGCGUCGGGCUGCAGUCGUGAUGUGACUGUGUGAGCGCACGAGCCGCCACUGUAAGUAGCGGCAACAGCAGCUUGACGGCCGUCCAGAAGGUGAAAACAGUGAGAAUUUGACAGUGCGAGUGUUUUUUUUUUGUGUGAAGCAGAGGUGAUGGCUUCGUUUGACAGCAUGCAGUCAACGCAGCAGCAGCAUCCGCGGAGCGAGCCGUGACCACCGCUGGAUUUGAGGAGCUAUGUCCGUGGGUACCGAGCCUCCGUUUGCCUGUAGUCGACAGCAUCAGUGUGCCCCCUUGGUUUGGUGCCUCGGGGGUCUUCGCUAAAGUCCAGGGACACACGUUACCAGCGGAGCGCACCCACCUGGAGUCGAGGAGAGGUUGCUGUUUGUUCUAAGGCCGGGCUCUCUGCAGCCCACUCCCCGCGCCUGCCUGCCUGCCUGCCUGCCUGCCUGCCUGCUUCCCCGCAUCCUCCGCGGCGUCUCUGUGCCGCAAGCGCUCCGCGUUCUGACUACACGGCAGUGGACAUCAAAACAAUCACUACCUGAGCCUGUUUGCCUCCCGCGGCCAUACAUACCUUUACUGCUAAUACUCAGACUAAAUUAAUCGACGGGUGUGGAUCGGAGCAGUGCUGUGUCUAUGCGCAUCAGUUACACCGCCCCGGAAAGGACUUCUUGCCAUUGAGAGCUGGAUAUGCAGAGAUUAACGUGAGAGGAUGGAUCUAAUUAUCUGUGUUUUUGGGCUGCUGGCGCUGGUCGUGGAGGACAUCCGUUGCCAAGGAGUAUACGCACCUCCAACCGUGCGCAUCAUACACUCAGGGCAUGCCUGUAAUGUUGAGGAGGAGAGGCACACGGAGAGAGUCUACACCAUCCGAGAGGGAGAGACCCUGGAGCUCACCUGUCUGGUGACGGGGCAUCCUCGACCACAGAUCCGAUGGACCAAGACAGCAGGCAGUGUGUCGGACCGCUUCCAGGACUCCAGUGUGUUCAACGAGACGCUGCACAUUGCAAAGAUCCUGAGGACCCAGGGAGGUCGCUACUACUGCAAGGCUGAAAACGGCCUUGGAUCCCCUGCCAUCAAGUCCAUCAGGGUGGACGUCUACUACCUUGAUGACCCGGUGGUGACGGUGCACCAGAGUAUAGGAGAAGCUAAGGAACAGUUCUACUAUGAGAGGACUGUGUUUCUACGCUGCGUUGCCAAUUCCAACCCGCCUGUCCGCUACAGCUGGCAUCGCGGGAGAGAGGUCCUGACGCAGGGCUCGGACAAGGGAGUGGAGAUCUAUGAGCCCUUUUUCACUCAGGGGGAAACGAAGAUUUUGAAGCUGAAGAACCUGCGUCCUCAGGACUACGCCAACUACAGCUGCAUCGCCUCCGUCAGAAAUGUGUGUGGGAUCCCUGACCGCAGUGUUAUCUUCAGACUCACCAAUAAGACAGCCUCCCCAUCCAUCAAGCUGUUGGUGGAGGAUCCUAUCGUGGUGAAUCCUGGCCAGACGGUCUCCUUGGUGUGCAUCACCACAGGUGGAGAGCCGCCCCCCCUUCUCACCUGGGUCAGCACUAAUGACAGCCUGCCACAAAGGAGCGUGGUGAAAGGGGGCACGCUCACACUUCCAGCCAUCACCUCAGAUGAGGCGGGGGUCUACAGCUGCGUGGCUAGCAACAACGUCGGAAACCCGGCCAAGAAGUCCACCACCAUCGUGGUGCGAGCUUUGAAAAAGGGGCGAUUCUGGAUCACUCCCGACCCCUACCACAAUGACGACAACAUCCAGAUUGGACGUGAAGUCAAGAUAUCUUGUCAGGUGGAGGCGACCCCACCAGAGGAGCUGACUUUUAGCUGGCUGAAGAAUGGCCGCGCCCUGCGGAGCUCAGAGCGUAUGGUCAUCACCCAGACGGACCCCGACAUCUCCCCCGGGACCACCAACCUGGACAUCAUAGACCUCAAGUUCACCGACUUUGGCACGUACACCUGCGUGGCUGCGCUGAAGGGAGGAGGCAUCCCUGAUAUCAGCAUUGAUGUCAACAUCUCUUCCACUACUGUCCCUCCUCUGUUUUUCUCUUUCUUAGUUCCCCCCAACCUGACAGUCCCUCGGGGCAAGUCCCCCCUGGUGGCCCGCGAGGGUGACACAGUGGAGCUGGAGUGCCUUGUUUCAGGGAAGCCCAAGCCCAUCAUCCUGUGGUCGCGAGCCGAUAAGGAGGCGCCAAUGCCGGACGGCAGCAUGCAGAUGGAGAGCUACGACGGUGUGCUGCGUAUUGUUAAUGUGUCCAGGGAGAUGACAGGCUCGUACCGCUGCCAGACCAGCCAGUAUAAUGGGUUCAACGUGAAGCCCCGGGAGGCCGUGGUGGAGCUGAUCGUACAAUACCCUCCGACGGUGGAGCCGGUUUACAUGGAGAUGCGUCAGGGCCUGGGGAGGCCUGUUGUGAUGUCCUGCAGGGUUCUGCGAGCCCACCCUUCCCGCGUGCUGCGAUUUGAGUGGCUCCUAUCAAACCGGCUGCUCCAUGCUGGAGCCUUCGAUGCCCAAAGAGACGAGACGGAGUACACCAUCCGCAGCCUUAAUCGAGAUGGCUGGGGGGAGUACACCUGUAAUGUCAUCAAUGAGGCCGGAGCAGGCAAAUGCACCUUCCAGGUUACAGGCAAGGCCUACCCUGUGGAGUUCUACUAUGAUACCUACAGCCCUCUGUGGCAGAACAGGCCCAGAGUAUAUGGCUUCAAGCUCCAGUGGACCCAGAUGAACCCCAACGCUGUGGACCGCAUUGUCGCCUACAGACUAGGCAUCAGACAGGUGGGGUUGGAUCGCUGGUGGGAGCAAGAGAUCCCUGUGGAUGGAGCAAUCAACAAAGGAGAGCUCAUGACACACAACCUGACUGAGCUCAUAAAGCCUGAAUCCUACGAGGUUCGCCUCACUCCCAUCACACGUUUCGGAGAGGGUGACUCCACCGUCCGGAUUGUCACAUACAGUGCUCCCAUCAACCCUCACCUGAGAGAGUUCCACUGCAGCUUUGAGGAGGAGCCCAUCUGCAUGUUCACCCAGGACAAGAAUGAUGAUUUUGAUUGGACACGGCACAGCGCUGCUACCCGCGAUACCAAGUAUACGCCCAACACCGGGCCCAGUGGUGACCGCAGUGGUUCCAAGCAGGGUUUCUACAUGUACAUUGAGACAUCAAGACCACGGAAGGAAGGGGACCAGGCGCGGCUUGUUAGUCCGUUUUUUAACGUAGCACCUAAAAACCCUUACGGUAUCACCAACCCACCUGCCUACUGCUUCAGCUUCUUCUACCACAUGUAUGGAAAACACAUAGGAACUCUAAACGCCCUUCUAAAACAGAAGGGCCAAACGACCUCCGAAGGUCCCGCGUGGUCGCUAAAUGGUAACCAAGGUGACCGCUGGAAGCAGGCAAAAGUAAGCAUCCAUCCGACAGCAUCCUUCCAGGUGGUACUCGAAGGUAUCCGGGGACCAGGCAUCGAGGGAGACAUCGCCAUCGAUGAUGUCACGCUGGAGGAAGGGGAGUGUCGAGACCCACCGCCCAAUCUCAGCUCCGAGGCUCCGCCCACAUGCUCCCAUAUAUGGCUGCUAUGCAUCACCUUGGUGAUGACCCUCCUGGAAGGUCAGAGGUGACCCUUCUCUCCGUCAUCUCAGAGGCGAAUAUUCAGACCCACCGUCUGUGAACUAUACCCUCGGCAUCCAAUCACCAAAGAUUCAUGCAUCCUGAAAGCAGCAGGGAUCCUCUGACAGACCACAGAGGGACCGGAAUUAAUGAAAGAGAGAAAAAAUCAUGAUAAAAAAAGUUACACAAAAAGUAAUAAAGAAGAUGCGCUAAUUUUUUUAAAGAGACCUCUUUUACAGAAAACACUCCUCGGUGCAGGACUCUGGACAUCUUUACGAGCACAAAGACAGGCGUACGAUGAGUAAGCCUGGACUUUGGCGAAAGAGUUCACAAGUGUCAAGGGAAGGACAGUUUGUAAAGCACAAGAACAAUUUUAUGAAGUUAUGAAAAUAUCUUUAGAAGGCGGCGGAAUAUAGACACUGCUGACUUUUUGAAUAGGAAAUAACAAUUUCCUCCUUACAAAUACAUGGAAUCAGACCUUUCUCUGUGUAUCUUUAUCUUCAUUGUUUCGCACCAGAUGCCAAUCACCGACACUUUUUUUUCACUCCAGCCUCACGUCACACCUUGACAUUUCUUUAUCUGCUCGGUGCUGUACUGUAGGAAAACAAGGACUCUGGCAACAUUAGUUCUGUCUGCGUACUCCCCUGUAGCUGCCUAUGUAUCUCUUAACACUGUGCUCACGAGGCCAAGUGGCCAACUGACGUAAUGGUGGCAGAACAUUGAAUGCAGAAGAAUCAGCGGAGGUGCAGACAGCUGGACUGGAGGUUCGGGGAGAGAAGUCGACGCUCAGGAGCUGAAAUGAAAGGGAGAGAUGGAAAGAGAGCAGAGAGGAGGGUGUUGAGGGGAGGAAGAGUGGAGAGAGAGGAGGAACAGGCAGAGAGUAGAGAAUGGUCCGAUUAGUGAGGCCUGACUCGAAUAUUCAGUCAGCGGUCCGCCUGUGGAACAGAAGCCACUUUACUUUCUGCCAUGAAACAAAGUGCCUUCAGAUUACAAACCGAAUCGUGAGCCUGGGUGUUAAUCAACAUCGAACACAUCUUUGUUCAUGUUUCCUCUGAUGGGCUAUUUUCUACAUGUUUCUUUUGCCCCACAAGUGCUGACGGGAGUGCAUGCAUGUUCAGAGGGAGUAUGGGGUUGUGCUCCACCCGGAUAAACUCCUGAUGGGACAGUUGCCUGUGUGCGUGUGUGUGUGUGUGUGUGUGUGUGUGUGUGUGUGUGUGUGUGUGUGUGUGUGUGUGCGCGUGUGCGUGCGUGCGUGCGUGUGUGCGUGUGUGCUCGUUCGUGCGCCUAUGCCUACGCAUAGUUCAAUGUGAGGGCAGCUGAACAGGCACUGCUGGCAGACCAGGUUUGGAAACAAUUUGGAUAAAAACAACGGCAACAGUGAAAUUGAGGCUCUGGAUCUUUUUUUUUUGCAGAAAGAAAAGAUCAUACAGGAGGAUAGAGACACUUUGUCGAAUGAAUAACCCACUCUCUCUUCCCAUAAUUUUCCUUCCCUGCGGGCGAGCAUUUUUUUAACAAAAGAACAACUGCUGAAUAAAACAUUGCGUUGUACAGGGAGGAGAGUAGGAACUUUGGGACUGCAGGCUCUUCAUUAGGGUGAUCCGCCUCGCCCCUAUCCUCCACCAUUUAUAUGGAACAAUAUGAGAAUAAAAGAUAAUAAUGACCAUAAUAAUAGUCAUGAUAUUUUAUUACUCUAGCGAGAAUGUUUCUCUGCUUUUACACAAACUGUGAAGAUUGACUGUGGAAGAUCUACCUGAGACCAUAACCUUAACCAGCGGGGUUUUUAAAAAAUGUAUUGUAAAAAAGAGAAAAUAAGAAAAUGAAAAAUUCCGUUCAUUGUUGGUUAUGACAAAUGUUUUGAGGACUUGUGUCUUGUUUCUUAUUUUUCUGUUGAAGAUGACUUAACUUGCUUUCUCUUCUUGUUGUCUCCCUUUGCAUUGCUUAAGUAUCCAAGCUGAUGGACGCAUAAGAAGUAAACCAAUUUGGUAACUGUAAAACUUGUAAAUGUUAAAGAAGCUCUAUUCAAAGGUUUAUGAUAAAUGUUUUAUGUUGGAGUACAGGAAGCACAACAUACAGUUUAAGGUCUCCACAUAUAAAAUCCAUUUUAUAUUUCUCUGCACAUACAUGACCUACUCCUUCCAACACAAGUCCACGUUUAACAGCAAACUAAUCAUUUUGUACUCGUUACAUUCAUAUUUAUAGUGCAACCAGAAAACUUAAGGGCACAAAGGGAAUCCAGUCAAGAGUAUAAAUGAAGUCUUCAUGAAUGCAGACUGGUUCAGUUUGGUGUUGUGGUUGUUCAGCAUAUGUAGCCUUUUCUGUGGAAGCCUAGGAAGGUUGGUCUGAGUGGGUCAUGUACAUGUGUGAGCAUAAAGCUGUGUACAAUAGGUGUGAUAAGAAACUGAUACAUGUAAAGAAGAUAAAUAUGCUAAGCAAAACAGAGCAGAAUGAUGAGCAUUUCAGGGCAUCCUUAUAAUACCAUUACGGUCUGUAUGAUGUUAUUACAGAGCGAUAAUCACAGCUAUUAUCUGCUAUUCAUUUUGUUUCAUUUUCAUUUCUGUUUGUAUUUCCAUAAGGCCCAGAUCACAAUGAAUGUAAAUGGAGUUCUUUUCUUACAGUCUUACUAGAUGUAAUGUUUUACUAAAACACAUGUUUUUUUGUGUGCUUUUGAUGAUGAGAACUUUCAGACUUUCAUAGGUUAUUUUGGACACUUCAAAAACAUAAACAUCUUCACCUGACUUUGACACAGACUUUGAAGCAGUUUCCAAAAAUACAAGCUCAGAUAAAAUAUCCAUUAGCUAGUUGCGAUAUCCUCCUGUAAGGAAGUAAUGAAAAGUGCCCCGUGCAGUCGUCACUCUUAUGGUAUGGAUGGCUAUGAGUUCCUUAAGAUGUUUUGGUAACUGUUCCUUUUACGGCCACACUGAGCACCUGGUCGAUUCUCAUGUAAUAGCAGCUUCACCUCCAAGUACAUGAAUGAUUGAAAAUGGCAGCUUGAUUUAAAUGAAAGAAUGCCUUUGCUAUCACUAGUGUUGAGGUCAAAAGUUUUAAAGAAAUAGUUUGACAUUUUGGGAAAUGAGCUCAUUUGCUAGCUGCAGGCCUAUAUAUACUGUACAGACAUGAGAGUAGUAUCAAUCUUCUAAUCUUACUCUCAGCAAAAAAGCGUACUUCCCCAAAAUGUCCAACUUUUACUUAAAAAAAAAAUUCGAACUGCGUAUUCGCCAUACUGUGAAAUUAGUUUUGUGUAUGUUGGCAUUAUAUCAGCAUUAGUCUCUUAAAAAACUAUAGCAGACCUGAUUUUUAUCCUACUGUUGUGGAGUACAUUCAUGCAUAUCUCCAAAACAGAGAUAGCAAAAUUGCUUCCAUGGUAUUACAGCUCCCACCAUAUCCUUUAUUUCCAUUUCUGUGCAAUUUUACACCAUGUGUCAGCCUCUGCCCUUUGUGUAUACGAGAGAUGUGAGUAGCUUGCACACUCAGCUCUGCUCUAUUUAUUGAUAAAAGUCCUCUAAGCUACUUCAAAGUACAAUUGAAGCAGAUUUAACAGUUUUUGAAUAUGUAAACAGUGUUGUGUUUACUUACUUUAUUUUGAUGAUUAGAGGCUUCUGUAGUAGUGGAAGGUGUGAAGUGUUCAUAAACUAACGAGGUGAAAUCGUUUUGAUGUAUUAGUAGCUUGUGUGUGUGCGUGUGUGCGUGCGUGCGUGCGUUAUUGCGUGCGGUAUUAGAUUCAUUAGACACUCGUGCAAGGGUUUGCAGUUGUGGUGAUAGUGAAGUGAAGUUUAAAGGAACACGCCGACUUAUUGGGACUUUAGCUUAUUCACAGUAACCCCCAGAGUUAGAUAAGUCCAUACAUAACCUUCUCAUCUCGGUGCAUGUCGUAACUCUGUCUGACACACCCACCGCUAGCCUAGUUUAGCACAGAUCCUGGAGGUAACCGGCUCUAUCUAGACUACUGCACCAAAUAAGUGACAAAAUAACGCCAACAUAUUGCUGUUUACAUGUUGU